AUGCUGGUGCUGCGUCUGUACCUGGACGUCGGCAGCAGCAGCAGCAGCAGCAGCAGCAGCAGCAGCGGCGGAGCAACAGCAGAAAGAGGAGAGCAGCAGCAGCAGCAGCAGCAGCAGCAGCUGGAGGCCUCGCUGCAUGCUGCUGCUGUUGAGCUGGCGAUGAAACUCUACUACAACAACCCCACCACCAUGCAGCAGCUGGGCUUCAGCCCCCCCCCGAUGCCAACGAAGACAGGGGGUCUGAGCGGGGCCCUGCAGCAGCAGCAGCAGCAGAAGCAGCAGCAGCAGCAGCAGCAGCGGCAGCAGCAGCAGCAGCAGCAGCAGCUGUUGAGGCAGCCAGGAAGACCCAUGAUGCCAGGCCAACAGCCGCUGCAGCAGCAGCAGCAGCAGCAGCAGCAGCGAUUCGCCCCUCCUUUCCCUCCUCAGCAGCAGCAGCAGCAGCAACAGCAGCAGCAGCAGCAGCAGUUUGCUGCUGUUCAACCUCCUCGUCAGCUAUCAGCAGCAGGGCCCCCCCUACCCCCCAGCGCAUCUGCUGCUAUGCAGGGGGGCCCCCCAGGACAGAAGAUGGGGGGCCCCCCGGGGGCCCCCUCUAUAGGUACACAGCAGCAGCAGCUGUUUCAGCAGCAGCAGCAGCAGCAACUGCAGCAGCAACAGCAGCAGCGGAACGCAUUUCCUCCUAGUUCUGCUGCUGGCUCAGAGGGGCCCCCCAUGUCUUCCUCUGUCUCUCCUUUCAUACGUCCAGAAAUAGCAGCAGCAAGAGCAACAGCAACAGCAACAGAACCAGGAGCAGCAGCAGCAGCAGCAGCACCACCACCACCACCACCAGCACCAUCAGCAGCACAAGCAGCAGCAGCAGCACCACCACCACCAGCACCACCAGCAGCACCAGCAGCACCAUCAGCAGCAGCAGCACAAUCAGCAGAGCACCAUCAGCAGCACCAUCAGCAUCAGCACCAACAGCAGCAUCAGCAGCAACAGCAGCACCAUCAGGAGCACCAGCACCAGCACCAUCAGCAUCAGCAGCAGCAGCAGCAGCAGCAGCAGCAGCAGCAGCAGCAGUAUAUAUGUAUUGUGUGUUGUGUAUAG